AUGCACUCUUCCCUAGGCAUCCAGGCUGCCGCCCCGUGCCUGCGGACCCUCUGCAGCCUUCCUGUAAGCGCCCCCGCUUGUGCCUGCCCUUCUGCGCCUUCCACCGCAAAAUGCUUGGAGAACCUUUGGCGCAUAGCUCCCACCACGGCGGGACUCUCAGCCUGUAGCCUCCGCCCUUAUCAAGCCUCCUUGUACACUCGAUUACAGGCGCCCCUCCUGUUGGGAGAUACGGCUACAGGAACUGUGAACCGCUCCCGUUCGCUCUCUACAGCUGCGAGUGUCAUCUGCUUGCAAAAUGCACCGCGAAGAGCUCAUCGGGGCGCUCUCGAGAGGGAGAAGGUUUACCUCGGAAAUCCACUCAUGAUGAGGGCCCCUCUACGGGUGCAAACACGAGCUUACUUUUUUCUACCUGGCCCCCUGAAGCUCGAAGACGUAGUUAAACUGCCCUUGCUGCGGCUUAACCCUCGCAAGAAAGUUGUGGACAUAUGGUUGUCUCGUUUCCUCUCCCAGCCUCUGCGGCAUGCGGCUUUUCUUACGAGGGCCCAAUAUGAGGCCCUAGAAACAAAACAAGAUUGUCUUAUCCAAAUUUGCCCAAGUGUAGCCUUAGCAGCCAUUCAAACGGACUCUAGCGUUUUGAGUUCUCGGUGCGCCCCCUUGUUUGUGGCGCCACUGCCCCGGGGUCCCGGGGCUUUCGAGCCUCCAUUGAUUCCAUCUGGCUUACUGGAAUUCCCUCCUUAUGCGCUGCCUGCAUUCUUUCAUUCCCUUGUCGAUACAGAUUUGUCUGCCGCCCACUCUCCUGCCUUAUCUGCAGACCCGAUUGCUUUGCCUGCAGCCGCUUUUCCUAGCCCCAACAAAGCGUCUCCUCUGCUGACCCUUACAUUUUAUCCAGAGUUAAAGGAGAGUCAUGACUUGGUGUUGCUGAAGGCUGACAUUCUGUCACCUACUGUUCUUCGCCCUCCUGAGGCUGCCCACCUAACCCGUGUUAUUGUGGAGAGCUACGCCGAUGCAAACAGAUUUCAGUGGCCCAAAGCUUUCAACUUCACCCCUGACAAGUUCAGCUUUGAGGCAUUUAAAGACGCAAACCCCGACUUCUUUGCCCAUCCACUCCCCGAAGCCCAACGGCAGCAAUCACAGCAACAGGAGUACGAGCAGCAGCAG